CAGGGGCGGACUGACCAUUUGGAAUCUCGGGCACUGCCCGAGGGCCUGGGGUCAGUAGGGGGCCCCAUGAGAUGCCCCUGGUACCUUUUUCAUAGGCUUUUUUGAGUUUGGGCAAGGACACAGGGGCCCCAUGAUCCCCUAUUGCCCAGGGGCCCUAUGAGUUGUCAGUCCGCCCCUGGUUACUGCCUAUCAGUGCCCUUUAGUGCUGCCUAUCAGUGCCCAUCAGUGCCGCCUAUCAGUGCCCAUCAGUGCUGCCUCAUCAACGCACAU